AGGUUUCCGCCUCGCUGCGGGCGGCGGCGGCGGUUCCAUGCGGUCGGAGCGGGAGGCCGGGCCGGGGCUGAUGCGGGGCAGCGGCCGCGAGAAGUGGCCCAUGGACAUCCCGCUGCGGCGGGAGUCGCCGCGCCGUGACCCGGACCCUCCGCCAAACCCGCCGCCGCCACCUUCCCCACCCUCCCCGCUGCCGCCGCCGCCGCUUCACCCGGCGCCGGGUAAACAGCGAGAUGAGAAAAAAACGGCUCUGAGCAAAGUAGUUAUUCGACGGCUUCCUCCUUGUCUAACUAAGGAGCAACUGGAGGAACAGCUACAUCCUCUACCUGCCCAUGAUUAUUUUGAGUUUUGCACUGCUGAUCCCAGCCUUUAUCCUCAUCUCUUCUCAAGAGCAUACAUUAACUUUAGAAAUCCUGAGGACAUCCUUCUUUUUAGAGAUCGCUUUGAUGGCUAUGUCUUCAUUGAUAAUAAAGGUUUGGAGUAUCCUGCAGUGGUUGAAUUUGCUCCGUUCCAGAAGAUUUCAAAAAAGAAACUGAAGAAGAAAGAUGCCAAAGCCGGGAGCAUUGAAGAUGAUCCAGAAUAUAGGAAAUUUUUAGAGAGUUAUUGUGCUGAUGAAGAGAAAAUUUGUGCCAAUCCUGAGAUUCUUUUGGGAGAGAUUGAGGCCAAAACAAGGGAACUCAUUGCUAGAAGAACAACACCCCUUUUGGAAUAUAUUAAAAAUAGAAAAUUAGAAAAGCAGAGAAUACGAGAAGAGAAAAGAGAAGAACGAAGGCGGAGAGAAUUGGAGAAGAAACGUCUGCGGGAGGAAGAAAAAAGGAAGCGCAGAGAAGAAGAAAGACGUAAAAGAAAAGAAGUGGAGAAGCAGAAGAAGAUUUCUGAAAAAGAAAUAAGGAUCAAGCUUCUUAAGAAGCCUGAAAAAGGAGAUGAGCUGGCCAGUGAAAAGUACAAAGAAAAAGGUGAAGAAGCUGACAUUGAAGAAAACAAAUGGGAUAAAUCACCUGGAUCUGGGAGUAUAAAAUCCAAAUCAUUGGAGGGUUCACUAAAAGAACUUAAGGAAAAGUCACAAAAUGAUAGUGACAAAGAGCAAAGAGAUUUGGAGAGAAGAUUUCGAGAAAAAGAACCUGAAAGACAAAGGUAUCGAUUGGAUGAUGGCAGAAAGCAUAGAGCUCACUAUGAGUUUGACAAGUUUGUGAGAAGGAAUGAAGAAGAGCUGAAGUGGGGGAAAGGAUACAGCCAAGACAGAGGAAAGAAAGGGAACUACAACUACAGCUUCACUGUGGAGGCAGUAGACAAACUGGGUAAAGAGGACAAGUGUGAUGACAUGGCAUCCAAAAAGGAGCGCAUAAGAAAUAAGGAUCGCCCAGCCAUGCAGUUAUACCAGCCAGGAGCUCGCAUUCGAACACAUACGGGAUCUACAAGUAAAACCUAUGACUGCAGUGGGAAAUCCUUUGAAGAUGCUCUUGAUAAAAAGUGUGAGGCAGAUAAUUCAGCUGGAGGUGGUUCUGAGAAGAGCGAAGAAGCAGAAUAAAACCAACUGGAGGAAAGACUUGUGAAAAGGGAUGAACUUGAGGUUCAGUGUCAUCAAAAAAAUCCAUAGGGCUGUUUCAGAACUCCACAGGCGAUUGCACCAACAAAAUUAUAAUUGCUCUGCCUCUUACUUUCUGUAAACUCAAGGGAAGAGUGA